AUGGCUCGGUCGAAGAAGCAAUCACGCGCCGCAUCUGCUUCACGUAGCAAGCACACUACUCCCGCAUCUGCGUCAACCACUUCCGAGAGUACACAAGUCCCGAAGCCCUGGGUCGAAUAUGUGACUGUUGACCGUGAUGAUAAGUCGUCAGGUCCCACCAGGGGCGUCCUGGCUGGUCUUGACCCGAACGCCAUACUGAAAUCCACUCAACGGAGUACCGAAGUCUUGCAAGAUGCCGCCGACCACCGGAUUGAGCACAACGAAGGAGACGAUGCCUCCGAAACGCUCGAGCCCCCUCACGCCACCAGAGGCUCCAGGAAUGGCAGAGCCGCUGUCAAUUACGACCAAAAGCUCCAUCCUAUGGACACCACCCUUCGACCAAGACACGCCGCGAAACGUCUGUCUGGUGCUCUUCACUUACCAGGACGAGAAGCUUAUGAAAGCGAUGAUGUUGCAUCCGAAGAAGGGCUCUCCCCAGCGACCGACUGCGACUCAGAUGACAAGCCAGAAUCCUCGUGCUCUGGGCGCCAGCGUCCAUCGAAGCAUCGCAUUCCUGAUCCGGGUGCAACCAGACACUCUUCACGUGCCGAGGCCCGGAAGACUGUCAAUUACAGUACCGAAAUCCAUCCGCAGGACUAUGCCCUUCCGUUCUAUGGCCACAACGCAGAACUCAGAAAUGUCCUGCCAAUACAAUCGAGGGAGCCUUCGAAGCGAACAUCGGUGGGCGAAAGCUCGAUUGCGUCCUAUGGUUACGGCAUGACGCAUCCUCGACCACGAAAGAAGUUGCGGAUCCAUGCGAGCUCAUCAAGCCAUCAUGCAAUGCGAAGGAAGAGGUCUCGAGAGCCCGAGCAAGACGCGACCAGUACGGAUAUCGAGGAGCUGGCGAACCAAGCCAUCCGCGGAUCUCAAGCUCAGCCCCUUUCCUUAGCUGACGAUGACGACGAUGACGAGGAGGAGGAGGAGGAGGAGGAGGAGGAGGAGGAGGAGAACGAAAUCAUGCACGGCGAACAAUAUGAUCACGAUGCCGACCAGUCGAAUCUCGAGGAGGAGAUUGACCACGAACUCGAUCCGGAGAUGGAGGAAGUCCAUCGUAAUCUCGCAGCCGAAGCCGACGAAGAACAGCAAGGGUCGGACUUUAUAGACCAGUUUGCCGUCACCACGACUCGAUCAUUCGAGGACGAGGUCUCACCAGCACCGGUUGUGGCUAGGACUGCUACUAAGCGCACUACCAUGUUGCGCAGCAAAGAGACAGCAAACGCCAUUGGAUACUCUACACAAUUCCUGUCGCACUACACAGCAGAGUCUGGUGUCCCGCCAGCAACAACGGAACAAGCAGAUGCUCUCCCUUCCACAGCACCACCUUCGCCAUUGGAUCCGAGAGCCGAGUCCUCAUUCGUUCUUGAGCGCCUUGUUAAGCAAGACUUUAGGCGUUGGCAGGCGGAGCAUCCAGAAAUUCAAAACACCAGCUCGCCUGCAUCGGAGUGGGAUGCCGAGCAAAUGUUCGGGACGGAGCAAUCUGAUGGCAUCUCCUGCGAGAUUGAAUCUAUACUUACGGACUAA